GUGAGGAUUAUGUGGUAAUUUAUUCAUGGUACAUUUGUUUUUUGCCAAGCACAUGCUAAAUUACAUAUACAUUCUCUCUCUCUCUCUCUCUCUCUCUCUCUCUCUCUCUAUAUAUAUAUAUAUAUAUAUAUAUAUAUAUGUAUAUAUAUAUGUAUAUAUAUACAUAUACAUACACACACACAUACACACACACCUCGACAAACCAUCCAUAAGGCCUAAAUCUAGGCUAGCACAGCCAAAGAAAGACCCAAGGCUCAGUUCAGUGUAGCUUAAUAGUUAAGAGGUCAACAUGUUCCCUUCUAAUGUCCGAAGUCAUUUGGUAAGGACUCAGUUCUCGCACCCCUUCUGCUUCUUUUGGUUGGUUGAGAAAGACGCUCAUUCAGCUGACCUUGAAGCUCUGAGUGGUAGGAUUACACACGGUGCCACUGUGCUUGGCUAUGGCGCUUGGGGGUCUCUGGAUUCUAGGACUUCCUCCAGAACAAGGCUGCCAUUGUGGAGUCAUCCUCCAUGUUUCCUUGGCAACUUAACCCAGAGGGUGGGUGGCGGCUAAGGGCACACAUCCCCUGGAGGCCACCCACGGAGAGACGCUGGUCCUUUGGGGUCCUGGAGGGCACCGCAAAGCUGAGAGGAGGGUGGCUUCCCGAUUCCUCAGCCCCGGGCCAGCCCAUGGCGGAGGCGCGGGGUCCGCGGCGCGGUGGCGUGCAGCACGAGCUGCUAGAGAAGGUGGCGCGCCUGCAGCGGGGAGCGCGGCACGCCGAGCCCGAGGCGGCGACGCGCAGAACGGCGGGCGACAGCGGUUCGGGCUUGGGCUUCUGGUGCUGGCGGCGGCUGUUCGCCCGCGGAGCCCGCGGGGCGCGCCGGAGGAAGGGCAAGUUCACGCGGCCCGGCGCCGCGGCCCCGCCGGAGCGCGGCGUGUGGGCGCCCCCCGGCCUGCAGAGGCUGCUACAGAGGCUGGCGACUUGGCGGCGGCGCUACUUACGGCGAGGGGAGCGACCCGAGGGCCUGGAGGAGAUCCCGCUGCUCGUGCUGGAGCGCGCGCGCGCUGCCGACUAGGGGACUCCCAGGCUCGCCUCGCUGGCACGUGCCCCGGCAUCGGUUAGGUUUUUUAAAGAAUUCAAGAAGUGGAAAUAAA